UAAACAGAGCCGGGCUGAACCAUGUCUGACUCCUAAAAAAGGAACAAGGGAGGGGGGAAGACAAGGAGAGAAGAGAAACAGAAAGGCAGAGGAAAAAUACCUCAAAACCGCCUCGAGAGAGGCACAAAAACAGGGAGAAUGAGAAACAGGAGUCAUACGAGUCGCAGAAGACACUGUGGAGAUUCAAGAAGGGGGACGACAGACCAUUCAAAAGCCUUUUUCUCCCCUGUUAUGGCUCAGAACUGAAAACAGGAUUACCUCAUGCUUAUCAUAGAAACACAUGCUGCCUCUGAUCUGGAUUUUCAACGUUGAAUCUGUGUGAAAACCCAAAAGGUCAUUUAAUCUGGGUUUACAGAACGAGUGUCCAAAGGAAGACCUGCCAAACAAGCAGGUAGGGUACGCACGAACCAGAACAUUCACAUGGUCUGGUUCUCCAUCAUCAUCUCCAGCAGACUAGACUGGUGGCUACGUGGAUACUGGGAUUUGUGUGGCGGUUUCUGAUGAGCACACCCUUUGGACUGGCGCUGUGCCGUCUGCUAUGUUGAUGACACACUGCUGCUUCCUCGAACCCCACGGGCUGGGCUGGAUCAGAAUGGGAGGUUAGAAGGGCAAACAGCAUCAUGGGAGCCAAACAAAUGAAAUGCCUCAGUUCAUCCAGUCCAGCACACACACCUAAGGAGGAGUAUAUUAUUGCCAAAUCUGAAGAUUCAGGAGAGCUGGUGGGGAACCAUACAGAGCAACCACAAAGCCUAGAGGAUGUAGUGAAAUCCUCAGCCACCGAGCCGUCUCCUGGCCCAGAGCAUGCUGGGAAAGAGGAAAGUAGCACAUGGGAGGAACAGCUAUGUGCCCAGCAGGAGCAGCUGGAGAAGGAGAUGCAGGAGACCAGGAAAAUGGUGUCAAGGCUUCAGGCCUUACUGCUGCAUGGGUCACUACCUGAGGAUGAGCAGACAUCUACUCUGAGCUUUGGAGACAGUACCAGCUCUGAGCAGCAGCUGAUUUUAAUCCGCAGCCGUCUGGACCAGAGUAUGGAGGAGUCUUUAGAUCUGAAGAGAGAACUUUUAAGAUACAAGCAGGAGGCACGUAAUCUGCAGGCUAUUAAGGAUGCCUUGCAGCAGAGAAUGUCUGUGCAGGAGGACUCAGUGCUGCAGCUCAAACAGGAGCUGCUCAGAUCAAGCAUGGCCAGAGAGGAGCUGGAGGGACAGAAUGUGGACCUGGAAAGGAAGUUGAGCGAACGAAACAGAUUGCUGAGUGAAUACAAAAAAGAGCUUGGGCAGAAAGACAGACUUCUUCAGCAGCAGCAAGCAAAACUGGAUGAUGCCCUGCGCAGGAUCAGUGAAAGCUAUCACAGGUUGUCAGGCUGUGAGAAUAAUGGCUACAGUCACAUGAUGGACACAUCGUCCACAGUUUUCCAGCACAGAAUGGGGGACGAGCUACAGCUGGUGCGAGAUGCUCUGCGCAGCCUGAGGGACAGUUUCAGCGGUCAUGACCCGCAGCAUCAUAUGCUGGACACGCUGGAGCAGGGUGUGGCCAGUCUGGUGGACCGCCUUCACUCCACAGAGUCCAAGAAAAGGCAGGAGAGAAAGGGUUCAACCAGGUCUCCUGGACGAAAAGCCAAUCACACAGACCGAGAAUCAUGGCCAUCCAGCUCAAAGAUGGCUCAUUCUCACAGUAGCCCUGUUCUUAGUGCGGCAGCCUCAACCAAAGUACUCUACUACACUGAUCGCUCUCUCACACCCUUCCUAGUCAACAUCCCUAAAAGGCUGGGGGAGGUCACGCUACAGGACUUCAAGGCAGCUGUGGACAGACAUGGCAGUUUCCGAUAUCACUUCAAAUCUCUGGAUCCAGAGUUUGGAACGGUGAAGGAAGAGGUGUUUCAGGACGAUGCUGUUAUACCUGGCUGGGAAGGGAAGAUCGUUGCAUGGGUGGAGGAGGAUCGUGGAGAGGGGAGAUAGAACAUGAGGGUUCUGUUCUGUUCAGAAUGUAUGUUUUACCCCACAUAUACCUCAUCCCUGCAAAACUCUGAAGCCUUUGUCCUGUCCUAACUGUGAAUCUCACCAAAUCUGUUCACUAUGUCAUUACAGCAGGCAAGUGUUUGUAAAAUAGAUUAUAUGCAUUUUGAAGAUUGAAAGAAAAAAGAAAUUUUAAUAUUAUAAAAAAACAGUUUACAAGUAAAUAUUGAUAAAAAAAAGUGUAUUAAAGUUAUGGUGCAUUUUGUUUUCCAAAAACUAGUGUUUCAACAAUGCCAUUGCGAUAACUGAGCAAGAAAAGAAGAUUAUUUACUGAGUAUUUGUCUUGUGCAGUGUCAAAUAAUAAACAUGUCGCGUUAGUUGCCAAACUGUGACAAGGACAUCACACAUUGUGUGCAUGUAUUGUCCUGCCAGAAAAAUGCCAUUUCAAGAGAACAUAUCAUAACAACAUAUGCGCACAUUCACUGUAAUAUAUAUUUUUCACUAACAUGUAUGCCAACCUUUCUUGACUAUCCUUCGGGUGGUAAAAGCAGGGACCACUUUAUUUGUAAAAAUUUGUAACAUUUGAACAUAUUGAAGUUUUCCCUUUGAAAAUGAUUGUACUUUUCCUAACAAGUUUGCAUGUCUGUUAUAGUGUUUGGUGACUGUUGUAAAUGCAGAAGCAGUUGUCCACCCUUUUAUUAAAGACAUUAUGUGCA